AUGGACAGAACCUGGGAGUCCUUGCAACGCAUCAUUGCCCAAGUUCUCCCUCACAGAGACCCUGCCCUCGCAUUUAAGGACUUGAACGUGGUGGCAAUCCUGCAGGAGUUCUGGGAGAGCAAGCAGAAGCAGAAGGCCGUGUUCCCAAGCGAGGGCACCGUGGUGUACGAGUCGCUGAGCUCCCUGGGCCCCCCGUUUGUGAGUUACGUCACCCUGCCAGGGGGAAGCUGUUUUGGGAACUUCCAGAACUGCUUAAGCAGAGCAGAAGCAAGGCGAGAUGCUGCAAAAGUGGCUUUGAUCAAUUCUCUCUUCAAUGAGCUGCCUUGUCGCAGGAUCACAAAGGACUUCAUCAUGGAAAGCAUUCGGGAGGCUGUUUCCUCAACCAGUGGUAACUUCAAGGAUGCUGAUGACCCAAGCACUAGUAUUGGAGCCUAUCACUACAUGCUGGAGUCAAACAUUGGAAAGACAAUGCUGGAAUUUCAGGAGCUGAUGAUCAUCUUCCAGCUUUUGCAUUGGAAUGGCAGCCUCAAAGCGCUACGCGAAACAAAGUGCUCCCGGCAGGAAGUAAUUUCCUACUACUCCCAGUAUUCCUUAGAUGAAAGGAUGAGAAGUCAUAUGGCCCUGGACUGGAUUACGAAGGAGCAAGAAUCUCCAGGAAUUAUUUCUCAAGAGCUGCAAGUGGCACUUAGAGAACUGGAAGAAGCCAGGAAAGCUGGGCAGGAGUUGAGGUUUUACAAGGAAAAAAAAGAAAUAUUAAGCUUAGCACUAAGUCAGAUCUACAGUGAUCAAGCUACCUCUUUCUCACAGGAUGAUCAAAUGGGCUUAGCCCUGCAUGGCUACCACUAACCUUGAAGGAGGUGUUUGAUGUUGAAGGAUAACAUGCAUGCUCUUCUCUGUUGAAAAGGCCACAUGAAUAAACUGGUAACAUUCUUU